AUGUGGCAAGGUAUUAGGAAUAAUUUUUUCAAACAAAAACCUGAUGCUAGAGGAAGAAUGAGUUUUAGUAGUAUACAAAAAUGUGUGGCUGCUCUUAGGUAUUUAAGAUACGGUAUAGCAUUCAAUGCAUCUGACGAAUACUUGAAAGUAUCCGAGAGGACCGCCGUUGAAUGUGUAGAUUGGUUUUCUGCAUGUGUUUAUGAGGUUUUUCACGAAGAAUAUUUGCGCAAACCUACUCAACGUGAUAUUGAGAGAUUAUAUUCGGCUCAUGAAGAGAGGCAUGGAUUUCCGGGUAUGCUUGGCAGUCUAGAUUGUAUGCAUGUUGCUUGGGAAAAAUGUCCAACUGCAUGGCGUGGUCAGUUCACUCGAGGAGAUAUAGCGGGGUCUAACAACGAUCUUAAUGUUCUUGGUCAGUCUCCACUUUUAAACGAUAUUUGGACCGGCAAAGCACCUGAUAUGAUGUUCAUGGUGAACGGGCACGCGUACAAAUACGGUUACUACCUUGGUGAUGGGAUAUACCCGUAUUAUUCUACAUUGAUGAAGGCAUACUCGGUUCCUCGAAGUGAAAAGGCAAAGUUUUUUACAAAAAAACAGGAAUCGGCGAGAAAAUAUAUCGAGAGGGCAUUUGGAGUCUUUAAGCAGACAUGGCAUGUAGUAAAAUAUGUUACACGACUCUGGGAUAAAGAAAGAAUUAAACGAAUGGUCCUAACAUGUAUUAUAAUGCAUAAUAUGAUUAUCGAAGAUGAAGGUCGAGCGAUUUGCACGUAUGAUCCGAACGACGUUGUCAUUCCAAUUAAGGAGUUCGUACCGGGAACGAAUGCGUUUUUAGAGCGAGUUGUUGAAAUUCAUAACAGUGAAACGUGUUUCAAUCUUCGAGAAGAUGUCGCAGAACAUUUGUACCAACAUAACAUGAAUGACGAUUAG